AUGUCAUUUCACUUUUUCAAAGCAUGGUGUCUAAUAUUCCUGUAUUCUUAUUUUAAAAUACAAAUUGAGUGUCAUGUGGAUGAUCCAAAAUUACCAGAAUGUGAUGUCUCCAUCGACACGGCAAUUUGUAUUAAUAACGGGCAAAAAAUCCUGUUGCCCGAGGCAAAGCCAUAUGGCAUCUCCGCUCACAUAAACUUUGACAACAUAUCUGCAGUGGACGCAAGUGGCAACAGAAACCAUGCCGUGGGAAAUUUCUUCGCCUCCACUGGCUUUGGCGGUAUCGGGAACUCUUCUUUGUUCAGAAAAAAUUACAUUUACAUUCCCCAUUCAGACGAAUAUUUCAAAACGGUCGAUUUUUCCUACACCUUUUUUAUCUACCUUCUGGAGGAUGAACAGUCCAUAAAGAACAACGUAGAAGAAAUGUUUUGCCCCGUCAUACACAAGGGGAUCGUAAAAGACAAGAUACAGGAAUCCUCCCCGGCUAUAUUAAUAAAUGCAAAGAUCGGACGAAUUAAAAUCGUUUUGAGCACUUCUUCUAGCACGAACUCGGCGGGAGAAGAAUUUUUGAGCAAUUUCAGAUUAAGGCAUCACCAAUGGUAUCACAUUGCAGUCGUCAGACACAUAAACCACGUAAGACUCUUCGUGAACGGAAUCCUGGACUCAAGUUUUCUAACCGAAGGGAUAACAAAAACGAACGACUUCCCGAUAUACAUAGGAGGAGCACCAUAUUCAGUAGAGUCUUGUGAUUUCCCAUUUCUACUGGACGAAUUAAAAGUUUAUAAUUUGAGUAUCGGAGUGGACCACAUUCAGAGUGAAGCAGCAACAACUCUAAACGGAAUAGAACCAUCAUUCAUCUACUUUGGUUGUUUUCAUUGCGAUAUUAACAGUGCUAUUCUGUCUUGUCCGAAUAAUUAUCAUUUAUGCAAUAAGGUGGAAUUAUACAUCGGGGUUUACAAUGUGAUGAGGAAGUUCUCCCUAAAUAUAAAUAACCUGAUUUUGCCCUUCUCCCCCGAGAACCACAUGGGCAUAGGUGUGUGUUGUGCCGAUAUAUGA